AGAGGCGGGGCGGACAACUGGGUCACAUGGGCGAGUCCCACUACUGAGAACAUUAAGUUCUUCUGACGAAGCCGCAGGCUCACACAACAACCCGGGAGUUCCUCGGCACCGGACGCUCCAGCUCUCUCUCUCCGUGAAGCGGCUGAUGAGCCGUUCAAGCCUCGCACUGCGUCUGUAGCCCAGGAUUCACGAGUCCGCUGUUCGGGUCCUACUCUGCCGCGAAAGAUGCCUGAGGACGUCGGGACCGCCAAACCUGGAGGAGUCAUUGCCUACAUCUCCUCCGGCUCUGCCUCCAGCCCCGAGUCUUGCAUGAGCACCAGCCCCAGCAACAGCAGCUACCUGUCCACGUCGCCGCCGCUGUCGCGCCCGUCGCUGCCCAGCCGGGCCGUCGGCAUGGUGGUGGACGUGGCCCCCUCUGGCAAGAGCGGGUCGAGAGGCGGCGAGAAGGCCGGGCGCACCGCCUCCUCCUCCUCCAAGAGCAGCAUCACCAAGAUCAACGGCAUGGUGCUGCUGUGCAAGGUCUGCGGCGACGUGGCAUCGGGGUUCCACUACGGAGUCCACGCUUGUGAAGGGUGCAAGGGCUUCUUCCGGAGAAGCAUCCAGCAGAAUAUCCAGUACAAGAAGUGUCUUAAGAUGGAGAACUGCACCAUCAUGAGGAUCAACCGGAACCGCUGCCAGCAGUGCCGAUUCAAGAAGUGUCUGGCCGUCGGCAUGUCCCGCGACGCCGUCAGAUUCGGUCGCAUCCCAAAGAGGGAGAAGCAGAGGAUGCUGCUGGAGAUGCAGAACGCCAUGAACAACAUGAUGAGCAGCAGCAGCCAGCUGCACAGCAUGCUGCACGGCCACCAGAGCCCGCCGCUGCCCAUGGAGUCGCUGCCCAGCGACACCAGCCCCUCGCCUUCCUCCUUCUCGUCCGAGUCCCCCUCGUGCUCCAACCCGGCCUCGCCCCAGUGUCCUCAGGAUUCCGAGUCAGUGGUUUCCAUGGACACCAACUCCAGCUCCGCCUCCUCCUGCGGCUCGGACAGUGGCGAGGACGAGGCGGUCGUCACACAGAACCGCCAGGACGCCUUUGCGUACAGUCAGCCGUCACGGUCGCCGUGUCCGAAGCAGACGGCGCCGGAAACGGACGGCCGCGCAGAUGUUCAGCAGGCGAGCUGGAGCUGCUGGAACAACAACGCUCCUCACUGUCAGUACGCGGCGAGCUUCCAGCCGCAGCUCAGCCCCGCGGCUGACCCAGCGGGACGCGAGCUCCACACACAAACUGCCUCAACUAGUUACAGCGUCCCGAGCGGCUGCGUGAGGAGCCGAGCGCAUCUGGUGUGUCCCAUGAACACCUCACCCUACGUGGACCCCAGCAAGCCCAGCCAGGAGAUCUGGGAGGAGUUCUCCAUGAGCUUCACCCCCGCCGUGCGGGAUGUGGUGGAGUUCGCCAAGAGGAUCCCGGGCUUCCGCGACCUCCCGGAGCACGACCAGGUGGGCCUGCUGAAAGCUGGAACUUUCGAGGUUCUCAUGGUGCGCUUUGCCUCACUCUUCAACAUGGCCGAACGAACGGUCACCUUCCUGAGUGGCAAGCACUACAGCAUCGACACGCUGCGGGCGCUCGGCGCCGGUGAGCUCCUCAACUCCAUGUGCGAGUUCAGCGAGAAACUCAUGGCACUUCGGCUGGACCAGGACGAGAUGAGCCUCUUCACCGCCGUGGUUCUGGUGUCAGCCGAUCGCUCAGGCCUCCAGGACCUGAACGCCGUGGAGGCUCUGCAGGACAAGCUGAUCCGGGCGCUGAGGAACCUGGUGAUGCAGAACCACGGCGAGGAGUCGGCCACCACCUUCACCAAACUGCUGCUCAAACUUCCUGAGCUGCGCUCCCUCAACAACAUGCACUCGGAGGAGCUCCUCUCCUUCAAGGUUCACCCGUGACACCUUCCCACGGGAACCGCCCGCACCAGGACCUGCCUCUGACUCUCUCUUCGCCCCCGUGUUUUACAGUCGUGUUGUUUGUUUCCUCGUAGAAUGUAUCAAGUGUUUUUAUAUUCUAUUUUUGUUAAGUCGACCAUGUGGGGUCCAAGAGAGAAGAAAAGUACUGUAUUUAUAGAAGCUCGUCGAGCGAAAGUUUGUUUCCUCCAGAAGCCAUUUAAUGUAAAGACGUGGCGCUGCAUGUUGGUCCGCUCCGGGUUCCGUCUGAGCGAGUGUGAGCAGCGCGCUGCUGUACAUAGCGCAAGCAUCACCUCCCCUUCGUGUCUCCUGUGGCUCCCUCGGCGCCAGGAGUCGCUGACGUUCAGCAACACUACUAUAUUUGCACGAGCUCUGAAGCGCGACAAAGCCCACCUGCAGUGAUACACCAUCACGUAAAGGCUCCACUUGCUGUUUCAACACUUGGAUUUUGUAAACGUGUGCUCACAGGAGAAUUAGUUUUCUGUCUCUUCUACUGGCAACACUGUCGUCUGUAAAUAUCUAUACAUAAAUAUAAAUAUAUCUUGGACAUAGAAUUAUGAAUAUGAUAUAGUAUGAAUAAAUACAAUUGAAAACAU